AUGUUACAGCUCGUAAAAUCAUUGGAUUCAGUGAAAUACACACCUCGAAGUUACAUUGUUGCAGAUACAGAUAUUUUAAGCAAAGAAAAAGCAACUUCAUACGAACAGGAAUUAAACAAGGGUAAAUUUGAAAUCUAUAAUAUACCAAGAGCCAGAGAAGUCGGUCAAUCUUGGUCAAGCGUGCCAUUGACAUUGCUGUCGGCACUUUUGACAUCCAGCCGGAUCUUGUUAAAUAUUUGGCCAGAUUUGAUACUGGGAAUCAAAAAGAUCGAAAUAGUUUAUGUCGAAUCAUUUGCUCGCGUGGAGACUCUGUCAUUAACUGGAAAAUUGUUGUAUCCUUUUGCAGACAGAUUUCUUGUCCAAUGGUCAGAAUUGAGUAACAUAUUGGACAAGGCUGAAUACAAAGGUAUACUGGUUUGA